CGCGGUGUACGCAGUAUUCACUAUUCAGCAUUCGUCGAUGCGAUUUCUUUAUCGUGCGAACCACCGGCGCGACCACGGUCCGUCUCUCGCGCAUCUUCUAUCGCCAUCGAGCACGAAAAAAACGUGAGCAGCGUUUCCUUUGCGACGUUUCCUCUUCCACAGCCACGGAAACGGUCAGAGUUCGGCCGAAGUUCACCCCUCCUCCUCCUCGUCCCGUUCAUCCAACACGCGCGGCGAACCAAGCACGAUCGUGCCGGCUUUGAUGUGUAACGUUAACACGUCGCGGGAUGAAGCUCACACGAAACUGCCUCGGCAACAUCGGCAAAAUGUUGGACUUCUACUCGCAAUUCAACCCUUCGCCACUCUCGAUAAAACAGUUCAUCGAUUUCGGUCUAAGCGCUUGUGAGAGGAAAUCUUUCAUAUUCUUGAGGAAGGAAUUGCCGGUUCGCCUUGCCAACAUCAUGAAGGAGAUUCAUUUGUUGCCAGAAAACUUACUGAAGAUGCCUAGUGUUGGUAUUGUAAAUAAUUUAUAUAUCACAUCUUUUGAAGAAAUAAUACACUUUGAAAAAGUCGAUGUCAACGAUGCUACUUUAGACAAAUUCUGCCAAGCUCUAAUAAAAAUACGAAAUAGGCAUACCGACGUUGUUCAAACAAUGGCGCAGGGCGUUUUGGAACUGAAGGAAUCCCACGACGUGGAUAUUCAGACUGAAAACAGCAUUCAGUAUUUCUUGGACAGAUUUUUCAUGUCUCGCAUUUCCAUUCGUAUGCUGAUCAAUCAACAUACGCUCCUUUUUGGUGGGCAGUUGAACGGGCACAGUAGACACGUGGGAUGUAUAGAUCCAUCCUGUGACGUGAUCGGCGUCAUUAAGGACGCUUAUGAGAACGCACGAUUUUUGUGCGAUCAAUAUUAUCUGGCUAGUCCGGAAUUGAGAGUCAAACAGCAUAACGAACUUGAACGCAGUAGUGAGAUUAGGAUUAUUUAUGUACCGAGUCAUUUGUACCAUAUGUUAUUCGAACUCUUCAAGAAUAGUAUGAGAGCUGUGAUGGAACACCAUGGAUGCGACUCGGACAAUUAUCCGCCACUCGAAGUUUUACUAGUGCGCGGAAAAGAGGAUAUUUGCGUGAAGAUAUCCGACAGAGGUGGCGGCAUUCCUCGUUCACAAAUGGACCAUUUAUUUAAGUACAUGUAUAGUACUGCUCCACAACCGAGCAAAUCAGAUGCUCAUACGGUACCGCUUGCAGGAUACGGUUACGGUCUGCCUUUAUCCCGAUUGUACGCCAGGUAUCUGCACGGCGACAUCGUAUUGCUCAGUUGUGAGGGCUAUGGAACAGAUGCUAUUAUUUAUCUAAAGGCUUUAUCCACCGAGGCAAAUGAACUAUUGCCGAUAUUUAACAAAACCUCGUCGAAGUUUUACCGCACACCGGUACCCACUGCGGAUUGGAGCAGUCAAUGUGGUGGUGGGAUGGCAACGAGGCAACUUAGUAUGAGUCACACUCAAGGCCACAGACUGCCUCAUGGGAUGGAAAUCACUCAUUUAUAGCAAAACGCGAUCGAUGCGGAUCAGAAAACGAUUGAAAAGUUCUGUCCGCGUAUAACAAAGGAUACUUUAAUAGGAAAGCUAGAUCUGUAUUCGAAGCCAGAACAAUUAUUGAAGGAAUAUUCUCUACAAAUAUGAGAACAAUUGGUUAUUAGAUGAAUAAAACACUAAAUACAUACUGGCCAAAGAUAAUAUUGAUAAUCUCUUUUUUGUGCCGUAAUUGCAUUACAUAUCAAAUCAAUUAUACAGAUUUGAUGAUUGAAAUUUUUGUUUUUU